AUGGCAACUGAACCUAACGAUGUCAUUACUUCUUCCCAUGACACUAACCAUGUGGCAGAGAUAGCUUCCUCACGUCAUACAUCCACCGACAUACAUCAAUACAAUCACCACCAAUCAGGAUCUGAUACUGGAAUGGACUCCCUAAAAAUAAAUACCGGUUUAAAUACCCCUGAUAUAAACUCCUCUCAUUCUUUACCAACUGGCUCGUCGUAUGGUACAUUACGUACAUUUGGCCUUUCUCACCUUACAGCGAAACAGCAUUUUCUAAUUGCGAUAUGCAGAGACAUGUCACUUCUGCCUCCAAUGUACUCACUUUUCUGUGCUUUUAAAAUGGCAUGGCGCUUGCCUUCCUAUCCUCAUAAAGAUUUGUUACACUCGCUCCCACUGGCAAAUUCAAUCCAUAGUAUGUGGAAUAAUAAUGUUAUAAGGAAUCUCCGUCAGCACGCUAGCGAGGCAGUGGCUACUCCUGCCCAGGCUGUGAUAUCACGAGGGGAAGAUAUACAAGAUUAUUUCUGGCUACUGAAUGCUAUGGGUAAAAUGGGGUGCUCGGAAUAUCUGCUUUGUGCGAUGUGGUGCGUCGUAUCAAUGUAUCUUACUUAUGCCAUUCUCGACUCGCUCAUGAUUCGCUGGAUUGUAAAGUACUCUACAUUUGGUGCUAUUGUUCGCAUGUUUUCUAUGUCUAUGAUUAUAAUAACUGUUGAGUUACUCCUGUUAUCCUCUUUAUCUCCUGAUAAAGAUUACUAUCUUCAUUCUUGGAUUCUUAUCAGCUGUACUCUCACAGGAGCCUACAUCUGGCAGAGUUUUCUAACCUCUAAUUUGAACUGCGUAGAUAAGGACGCUUCAAUGCUGGCAUCUACGUCCUCUGCGCCAUCAACCAAGUCCGUACCAUCGAAUCCUUCAUCGGUUGACAGCUUAAAUUCAGUCCAAACUCCCAAUUCUGUUCAGUCCUAUGUGAUCUCCAGUACUAAGAAAAGACACAAAAAAGGAAGAAAGUUCGACUUCGAAUUUUCCAAGAAAAGAUCUAUUGACCUGUACAACAUUACUGUCUUCUGUGUUGUUCCCGUUGGGAUGGCAAGUUUUAUAACUAUGCUUGGUCUUCUACGAAAGCUUGUCAUAUAUAGAUUGGAUGUGGAACAGCUGGGAAGACUCCUGAAAGAACUGUAUUUACCAUAA